CCGUGUAGAGUGGAGUCGAGCACAGCCAGCGAACGCCAUGUCGACCCCGCAGAAGGAGGAGAACGACCAGCAGCCGCAGGAGACUCAGCAGCAGCAGGAGGCGCAGCCGCAGCAGCCGCAGCAGGAGGAGCAGCAAGAGCAAGAGCUGGAGCAGUCGGAGGCGGAGGAGAAGCAGACGCAAGACACCGAGAUGGAGGAGGUGGAUACCAAGGAGACGGAGGAGGCGACUGAGGAGGAGAAGAAGGAUGAAGAGAACAACGAAGAGAACACGGUGGAAGAGACGGAGAUCCAGGAAGAAGAGAAGAAGGACGACGAGAAGGAGGGGGAAGAGGCCAAGGAAGAAGAAGGAGAAGAAGAGGAGACUGCGGAGAAGAAGGAGGAGCAGCAGCUGAAGACCCCAGUGAAGGCCGCGACGCCAGUGGCCAAGAAGACGCCGAGUCAAGCUGCGUCUGCCUCCAAGUCUGUUGCCAAGAGGAAGUUGGAGGAGCCUUCCACCUCAGACCAUGAUAAGAUUAAGAAGGCUCGCGCGUCGGUGCCCGCGAAGCCUAAUGGAUCUGCCAAAAAGGUGACCAAGCCCAGGGAGUUUUCCUUCGCGAGACCCACUGCGUCCUCGGCGCGCCGCACAGCUGCGGUGGCGGCAGACCAUGCUAACGCCAAGGCGAAGCCUACGCCCCCGCCGGUGCGCAAGCCGCAGCAAGCGAAGCACACGCCUGCCAAGGUCCAACGUGUGUCUAUGCCAGCACCCAAGACCCCGGCGAUGACUGGAGCAGACAAGGCUUCACGCCCUCACUUCAACUAUACUCCGUACACUGGCCCCUUGCCGCCGCUGACCGUGGAGUCCAGCUUUGCGCCUAAGAACUCGUACGUCCUGGACCGUGGAGCUCGCACCGCGUCUCCUGCCAAGACUGCUGCUCGGAAACCGCGGCCUGCGUCGGUGAAGAAGGCACAGCCGCAGAGCUCGACCGGUAAGGAAAACAAUGGUGUGAACACGGAUGGAGGUGUAGCUACUAACGGCGCUUCCAGCAGUAAGACCCACCGAACCCACAUCAAGUCCAGCACCGGAUCAGUCGUGAGCAAGGCGGAGAACCGUUCUGCGUUCAAGGAGAAGAUCAAGAGCCAGCGCUCGCUCGCCCAGCAGACAACGAGACUCGCCGCAAAUACUUCGAGCUACCGUGUUAUUGUACUCACAAUUCCGCUCCGCGUCCUCCCAAGAAUUGGGUUCGGCACCAUGUUGACCGACAGAACGACCACCAGCGCUCGCAGUGUAUAUGAUACCGCUCUUCACAUUGACGAUGAAGCUUGUGAACCUUCUCAACGCCGAAAAUGGAGACGCCUCAGUAUGGCGAGGCUGGAGCAAGCGCGUUGGUACCAGUCGUGGAUAUUUCUUACAGCACUGGUUGUGAUGCUGAUGGUUUGUCUGAGCUGGACGUGUUGGUUGCUGCUGUUGACGAUUGCCCCCAACGAUACCAUCAAUUAUGUCAUGCGGACCAAAGAUCUCGACGGUGGUUCCUUUUGGCUGCUCGUCGAGCCUUCACCCCAACUCCGAGCACUCAGUCUAGGUGGUCUUUCCAUCGUUGCGUUGGGAUAUCUCUACAUUGGAGGGAUGCUCUUCGCGUGGGGACGGCAACGAAUUCCAACAGCAGUAAGAAGUGGACCAGCGCUUAGCGCUGUGCAGGAGACUAACUCUCUUGUGAAGGCAUUGAGGGGCAGCACAAGACGCUCAACGAGUUCUUUGGCUUCCAUUCACCCCUUCCCUUCAUCAUCCGAAACAGACCCGCCAGUGUCAGGUUUGCUGGGCAAGUUAACACAUCUGUACUCCGAUUUGUGGUGUAGUGAGAGCGAAACUCGGAAGAUUGCGCAUGUUUGGGUGAAAGUCGUAGAUUUAAUGCUCCAAGAGUUCAUGCUAUACCAGAUUCUGGAAGCAGGUUUCCCCAUACCGCUCGUCGUGGCCUGCACCUUGAUGGUUGUGUGGAAUGCGGUCGCUGCUACUCACCCGCACCACCGUCUCAAAUUGGCGAAGCUCUUGUGGAUACCAUUCCUAACGUACUGCCUGACCAACUUCGACUUCGACCGUGCAACCCAACGCCUUGCGGCGGAUCUGUUUCCUAGCUGGUCAUUCCAGAACGCAGCACGGGUGCAUGCGAAUCCAGAGGAGACAGCGAGGAUCUUCAAAAGUCUUGAAGGUUUGCGCUUUCAGUCCAUUGGUGUCUGUAUUGCUCGCGUGGGCAACAACCUCGCACUAAUCAUCAGUCUUCGACGACUUCUCGGACUUCUUCGAUCUCCACUACGUGAUGCGGAAACGAAGACUAAACCCAGCAUUUAUCCACGAAGACAUCCACUAGCACUGGUGCUUGCGGCUAUUGCUCUGGCUACGAUCGUAUUUGUUACAGAAAGCGUUCAUCGCUCGCGGUCAGCUUGCGAAGGCUACCCGACGUGUACAAUGUACGCAUACCGCUGGCGGCUUUCAAGUACUACGAAGCACCCAACAGAUUCCGGGGUCAGCACAACGGGGUGGAAUUGCCCGCGCCGUGUUCUUAUCGACGUAGACCUAGCGCCAACUAACUUCUCUGUCUGGAAGAAUCCUCCAGACGUAUCUGACCUCGCAGCUUCGGGUGAUCUGGAAAUCUUACAACUAAUUAAUCGGCAGCUACCAGAUCUACCAAAUACACUACAACAAUGCACUCACCUGAAGCACAUAGCGUUGGUGUUCACCCACACCAGAAAUCUGCCUCAAUGGACGUCCGAGUUCAUUCACCUGGAAUUUCUACAUAUUCAGGGCAAGUCACGGAGUCUAAGCCUUUCAGUUUUACCUCAAGGACUUUUCGACAACAUGGAAAAGCUGACAUUCGUCCACCUAGGAGCCCACGAAGUCCUACCAAAACUCCCCAACGUUGGUGGUAUUACGAAUCUUCGGUCAAUUACGUUGGCACGGCUGAAUGCACUGAGCUCUUUACCCACUGACUUCGCACAACUGGAGCACGUCGAGAUCAUGAUUGCAUUGAUGAUGCCAGACCUUGCGAGUUUCCCAGACCUCACGCGCUCUCGUCAAGCUCUGAAAACUUUGAUCAUCGACCCCAAUGCUAUGUGUUGCAACGGGUUCUUGCCCGCAGGUUGCAAUCUGACCAGCGAUAUCUGUAGCCAUCGCGAAUUUGAAGACAACCCGCAACUUCAGUGCUUGUCCGCGGAGCUUUCAGCUAGUUCUGGGACGCUAGAGGUUUUAGAGGCAUUCAACUCGACUAUAUGCGUCGAUCCUGGGUCCCCACUGCAGCCUCCAGGCAUCCCCAAGGGUAAUGUCACGAAUUCUAGCAAUCCACCCCCUCCAAAAAUGCCACCACCAGGAACCGAGCACGAUCAAGAUCUCGAGCAAAACAUGCUGCAAUGCGACGGUGUUCUUUAUCGCGAGUGCCAAGUGGUGCCAGGGUCGCUCCCAGGAAUGUGCUACAGCGAUCGAUUCAUGCCUAUUUCAUGCAUGGGCGACCCAAACAUCAUCGAACUGCGCCGCCAACAAAUUCAACUGCAUGUCGGACCCACAUGCGAUCCGGAGUACGAGGAGUGGCUAGGCUGCACCUAG